UUCAGAUAGUUCGAUAAUAUAUUCUUUAAUUAAUCGUGUUAUAUAAAAUCAUUAUUCUUUGCUUCAUGUGUCAACUGUGAACUAGAUCUAUCAGCUGAUUGGUCCUUUAGUACUAAAAAUAUUCCUAUGACCUUUUCCAAUUUCUAUCAGCUGAUUACAGAAAGCCGGCAUCAAGUGCUACGCAAAUUGCCUCACCUCUCUUUUGUUGCUGAAAGUGGAGAUGUGUUAUGAAUGUGUAACUCACCUUUUACUAACGGGAAACGCAUAGAAUAUAGAAUAGAUAACCAGCAUUCAGGACAAAAGUUUAUUUCUACAUUUACUUUCUCUAUUACAAGUAUCUAAAUCUAAACCCUUACGGUCGUCUGGAGAAACACUGCUCUAGAAUAGACACCUUGGUCUACUCAGUAAAAUUGCCAUUAUUAUUGGAUAAACUCCUAUACCAAUUACUGAAAAUAGAUUGCACUUGAAUUCAUAUCUGUGGAUUGUUUCAAAUCACUAAAAGAGAUGGCAGAGGAAGAAAGACCUGGCAUGUAUACUAGUUCAUAUCUAGAGGUCGUUCAGAAUGUGGUUGACUCAAUGCAAUAUCUCUCCAGGCUUUCUAGCCGUGACUUGACCUCCAGAAAACAGGCUAUGGAGAACAUCUUCCUCUUAGUUGACCAGUACCUGGAUGGCUAUGGCAGUCCAAUCUCUACAGGCAUUCCUGGUUUUCUAAAUGGAGUAGACAGGAAGUCAUAUUUGCAGUCUAUGAUGCCAGGAUUUUUGCGACUAUCUAUUGUUUGUCCAUUUGAUGAUGUUCGUGAUAAAUGCAGAAUGCUGUUGGCUGAAAUCAAGGAGCGGGGUAGAGACUUAAAAGUUCCAGAGCCCAUCAAUGUUGGUCCAAGUCAUUUUAUACCCAGCAGUGAGAUUAUUCCAUCCAACAUAGCAGAUGAACAGACCCACAGUGUUUUUAUGGAUGCUUUUAUUCAGAACAACCGCCUUGACCACGUCAGUCAAGUCAUGGGCUACCAUCCAGAUUACCUGAGGAAUUUCCUGACCACCCAGAAUUACCUUUUGAGGGAAGAUGGACCACUACCUUAUGACUACAGGCAUUACAUUGCUAUCAUUGCUGCUGCUAGGCACCACUGUAUAUAUUUAGUAAAGCUACAUGAACAAGAGUUUUUGCUGAGAAAUGGCAACCCAGAAUGGUUAAAAGGUAUUGCAUAUGCUCCAAGAAAGAUCCAGGAUCUUUAUGAAAUCAACAAAAUUCUGGCUCACCGUCCUUGGUUGAUCAAUAAGGAACACAUGAUGAAACUUCUGAAAACUCCAGAACCAUGGUCUCUGUCAGAGUUAAUGCAUGCCAUCAUUCUUCUGACACACUUCCAUUCUUUGUGUUCCUUUGUGUAUGGCUGUGGCAUCAAUGCUGAGCUGGACAUUGAUGGAUUCACAUACAGCAGGUCAUCCAGUUCAAGCAGUGAUACAGAUUCCAACAGUGAAAAUAAUGAGGUUGGAGAGACCUCAAAUCACAGUCACGCCCAGCAGAUGUCCAGAGAUGAAGGUGUGGGUCUAGAGGCCCUGAUGGAAAAAAUGAAAAAAUUGAAUGAAAUGUCUUUAGAAGAAACUAGCCAGGAGGAGCUGUUGAAACGUUUCCACAGUGUGGAGCACCAAAGUGCUGAAAUAACAGUGCCAAACAGUAAGAAAUCCACUCCCAGGUCUGAGUUGAUGCGCUAUGUGUUGGAUGAUGAGUUCUCCUACACAGACUUUGUCACUCAGGACAAGGUGAAUGAGGUGCCAACCUUCCGAGCUUGUGAUUACUCUUGGGAUGACCAUGGGUUCUCACUUGCUAACCGGCUUUACACUGAUAUAGGCAAUCUGCUGGAUGACAAGUAUACUAUGGCAGCCAACAUGACCUAUUAUACUAUGGGAGAUAACCGAGAGGUGGACACUUCAUCGUUUCGUAGAGCCAUCUGGAACUACAUUCACUGCAUGUAUGGCAUACGUCAUGACGAUUAUGAUUAUUCGGAGGUGAAUCAACUUCUGGAGAGAAAUCUUAAAGCUUACAUCAAGACAUUGACCUGCUACCCAGAACGUCUUCAGAAGAAAGAUUAUGAUGGUGUGAUGAGAGAAUUUAAACAUUCUGAAAAAGUGCAUGUCAACCUUAUGAUAAUGGAGGCUCGCCAACAGGCUGAACUACUGUAUGCACUUCGAGCACUCAACCGCUACAUGACAUAGAGACUAUUUCAUCUCAAGACUUCUACAACUUCUUUCACCUACAUCAAGACACCAGGCAUAAUUGUGGACAGUGGGUCCAGAAGUUCAGUCAUGCUGUGAGUGUUGGAGCCUUCUGUGGGGAGGGUGGCUUAGUGAUACUGCUAUGAUACAUAGCUCCAUUGGUGUUCUCUGCCCAUCAGCUAAAUGGCAACUGUUGAUUCAAUGUUUCAGAAAAAUACAAAUGUUCUUUAUUUAAAUCAGCUCAUUCUGUUGAGACAUUUGUAAUAAAAUAUUUGACUUGCAUUUUCGGUUUUCAUUCACAACUAUAUACAUUUAUAUUAUUUUUUUUUACAAUAUUGUGACUUCCUGUUUUUAGUGCUCCUCAGUUUGUGUCUCAGUCAACAGAAUUUGAUAAAAGUUUAACUGAAAUAUCAUUUGACCAAUUUGCAUGACUGUACAAAGGAAUUAAAUAUAGCCAGAAAUUUAUUCUAUUGUCAGACGUCAAAACUAUAUAAAUUUUUUGUAUAUAAUGUCCAAGAAAUACGUCUGUGUGAACCUAAACAAAACAAUGUCAUGACAACACCAUAAGAAAUUUUAAACUUAUCUUGGGUCUAUUAAAUUCUGAGCUGAACUAUUUCUGGUAGAUAUUUUGUCUCAGUCUGAACUACACACUUCUUUAUAUUAAAGAAGUAGAAAAAAAAGGGGAAAACAUUUUUUCAUUUCUUUAAAAUGAUAAUGGAUUUGAAACAAAAAUUAUAAUAGACAUUUACUGUACAGUUUCUACUUGGUUAGAUUCUAUUUGUAAAUUAUAUUAAACAUUCAAUGUGAGCAUUUGUCUACAUGUGUACAUAGUGAACUGAACACCAACUGGAGUGGACUGUGUACAUUUUGAUUCUCUGUGCAAUGCCCAAUUCCUAUAUUCUAUUAUCAAAUGGCGGACAAGAGGUGGAGAAAGUUUUAUACCAAAAUGAAUUUUCACCUUUUUUUUUUAAUGAACAAUUUUUUUUAAUGUUUGGAUUUAAUACUGUUGAUAUUAUAAUUUGUUAUUAAUUGGCGGUGAUAAAGCUGUCCAAUGAUAUGAAACAAAAAAAGAUCCCAGCAUGGUAUUGCUCUGAGAAAUAUUUAAUACCGGUAUGUUAAAUAACUGAAGUUGGACAAUAACACAGUGAUUGCCUGUUAGAGCUUUGUCAUCGCAUAAUUUGUUUAGCAUUAACAACCUGUAUAACAAUGGCUUCCAUCUUACUCAAAGAGAAGGUCUGGCGAGAACUUAAAAAAAAAUAAAUAAUUGAUGAUGGCCGUCACAUCACCAGGUCAUGUCACCCUCAACUAGCCAUUGGGAGGGGGAAACUCUGUGCAGCCUAAAAGUCUUUCAACCCAUGCAGUGGUGCUGAAACCAUUUUUAUAAAUUUCAAACUGUGUCCUAUUUGUGACCCAAGCUGUUUGUAUGAAUGUGACCAAUGCACCAUUAGAAGCAUGGUUUUCUCCAUCCUGAACAAUUUGUUUUAUCUUAGGACCAUUUUUUUGUUCAUGUUUCUUGUAUUUUUUGUUCUCUUAUUUUCCUGAAUAAACUGUUUGGAGCUCUUUAGGUUGGGUUAGAACUUCACUUAACAAGUUGUUUGGGAAACUCUUGUGUCUAUGUUACAUUUUGUUUUGUUUCAAUUCUGAGUUAUUGGUGAACUAAUCUAGAAGCAUGACAACUGCUAAAGGAGGUCCACUGCAACCUUGUAAUGUGUAGCUAUUCAAUCAGCAUAGUCUCCAGGGUUGUUUGUUUUUAUAAAGUGGCCAAGAAGUGGUCAUCAAUAACCAGAAGAAAAAAAAGUCUUUGUAGAUGCUUAGAAAAGUAAAGCCAUGUUAUUGUGUAUGAAGUUGUAUCAGCCUGGUGGGGGGGGGGGGGGAGGAGUUGAAUAAUUCUUUCUUGGAACCAAAAGCUGUGAAGUGUUCUUCAAAUAAAAAGUGAUAUACUGCUUUCACUCGGAGGUUUGCAGACUUGAAGUGCAGCAUGCAGACUUGAUGUUGAAGGUUGUGGUUAGCCCACAUCCUGUUCUGGGGGACCUGCAGAUGCUGUCACUUUUAGUUUGCAAAUUUCUGGUGUUCAUACAAGCUACAUUUUUUUGGGUCUUUAAUUUUGUAUUUAUUUAUUUAUAUUAUUUGUAUGCAUGUUGACUCCAGGGUUAGGCAUCUUGCUAUUUUCUAGUCUUUUUGUCUUGUUUGAACUUGUAGAUGAAUUGCUGGAGCUGUGCAAUGACUUGAUGGGAGGGCACCCAGCUGAUGCCAGUAUUACAUUGCCAUUGAGGCAGACCAACAUGUUUGUCAUUUCUUAGUCAUGAUUUUGUUUUUCUGGAGUGAAUGUCAUGCUUGAUGUCAUGUUUUUUUUUAAUCCAUUUUCUUACCUGGUGACAUGUCAAGGUCACUGUCAAAUGUUUGGAAAACAAAAUAAAAUUAUUGCUUAGUAUA